GGAAUGUCUUUGCCACAUCUUACAAGUAUUAAUCUUUUAAUUUCGAGAACUGAACUUUGUUCUACACCUGCAUUUCUUCCAAUCUCUCCAAACUCAACUUUUGAACAAAUAGUUUCACCAUGUUUGGCAAAAGUUUUGAUUCCUUCUUUGCCUAUUGUGAUGGCUUUAACAGCUUUUAUUGCCUUGUGUAUCCAGAAUUUUUUCUUUCGAGAAACGCUUAAUGGAUGUCGAUUGUAUAUUGGAAAGAUGGUUGUUUUAAAGACGUUAAUUUCAUUUUUCGCCGCCCUUGUUUCUUUGGUGGAUGUUGUUUUAUUUUUUGCUUGGCCUGAUUAUUUAGGACCUUCUCCGGUUCUACCUGAGCAAAAUUCUGUUUUUAUUGGUUUAGCUAUAACUUUUUGCUUGCUAAUUGUGUAUGGACAAUGUAUUUGUUUGGGAGUUGUUAGCAGCGGUUUUCUACAUUUGGCAUGGGCUCUACGCUGCAUUUCACUCAUUCCCGAUACUGUUCUUUCAUUUUCAAAUUCCCAAAGAUUGUUUAACGAAGUUCCUUCAAAUUAUUGCUUAUUAAGUCAAUUUUUGUUGGCUACUUUUAUGACUUUUUUGCUUUGUUGGGCGGAUUCGACAACCUCAAAUGAUGCCCAAUACCAACGUUUAGAUGGUCAAGAAGGGCGAAAAGAGAAGAAAAAAUGCCCAGAAAGUUCAUCUUCUGCACUCAAUUGUCUUUUCUUUUGGUAUACUGGACAAAUGAUUUGGCGAGGUUUACGUGGAUCUGUUGAUUUUGAUGAUCUUUGGGUUUUGGAUAAAUGCUUCCAAGCAGGAUAUUUACGCAAUCGAUGGCACCGAAUUCAACGAGUAUGUUCAGGACGAAAGCUCAAUCCAGCUUUAUUUCUGUUUCGCUGUUUUCUUUGUGUUUGGGAAUGGAAUUGCUUGUGUGUUAUAGCGGCAGUUUUUGUUGUUCUUGGAAAUUAUGCAAAUGCUAUAUUUCUUAGAAUGAUUGUUCUUUCUGUAACAGCAGGAAAUCCAGUUUGGCUUUCUUUAACUUUUAUGGUGUUUUUGUUCUUUACCGAUUUCGGUGACAAGCUGAUUACUGUUAGAAGAGAUUUCGCAUCAUUUCGUGCUUAUUUGAAUCUUCGUUCGAUAUUAACAUCUGUUAUUUUUGAUAAGAUGAUUCGUCUUUCACCAUCAAGCAAAAUUAAAUAUUCUGUUGGAGAAAUUCAGAAUUAUUUAAAUAAUGACGUUUAUCAUAUUCGUUCUAUUUUCUUCGAUGUCUGUUAUUUUAUCAAUUGCCCAUUAACGCUUAUAAUUGCUUUUUUUGGUCUUUACAUGGAACUUGGCGUUAAUGCUUUUUAUGGAGUUGUAAUACUUGUCGUUGUUUUUCCUGUCAAUUAUGCUCUAACUAAGAUCAGUACUCGCUUGGAGGAUAAACUUUUGAAAAUCAAAGAUGAACGUCUAAAAUUAAUAAAUGAUGUUUUGAGUGGAAUGAGAGUAUUAAAAUUAUAUGCUUGGGAAGAAUCUAUGGAACAACUGAUUGCUAAACUUCGUAAAAGAGAAUUGUAUGUGUUACGUCAAGUAUUUUUGAUGGAUGCUGGAAUUAAUGUUUCAUUUCAACUUGCACCGCUUGUUGCUACUCUCAUCAGUUUCUAUGGUUAUACAGUUAUUCAAGGAAAUCCUUUACGUCCAGAUGUUGCAUUCGUUUCUCUUCUAUUUUUUGGAAUGUUGCGUCUCUCAAUUUAUAUGCUUCCACGACUUUUGACUGAUUCAAUUAAGGCUUGGGUGAGUUCCAGACGUUUGGUCGAAUUUUUAAACGCUGAAGAGAUGCAGCAAAGCCAUAUUUUAAGAGAAACUCGAGAUCCAGCACUCCCAAUUGUUUCUCUUCGUGACUGCUCAUUUAGCUGGACUGGUGUAAAUGUCGCAGAGCCAAAUUUACAACUAAAAAAUAUUUCCUUGGAGGUUCAACCUGGAGAACUAAUUGGAGUUGUUGGCCGUGUUGGAUCAGGAAAAUCUUCUCUUCUUUCUGCAAUCCUUGGAGAAAUGGAGAGAAUGGAAGAUAAAGGAGAGGCAAUUGUUAGAGCGAAAUCUAUUGGUUAUGUACCUCAGCAACCUUGGAUUCAAAACAAGACUCUUCGUGGCAACGUUCUUUUUGAUUCCCCAUUUAAUGAGAACAAAUAUACAUCUGUUAUUAACGCUUGUUCGAUGGGUGAAGACUUGAAAUUAUUGCAAGCUGGUGACUUUACUGAAAUUGGAGAAAAGGGGAUAAAUUUAUCUGGCGGCCAAAAGGCGCGUGUAGCCUUGGCUCGUGCUGUCUAUAUGGAUGCAGAACUAUAUGUUUUGGACGAUACACUUUCUGCUGUUGAUGCACACGUUGGGGCAGCUAUUUUUGCAAAUGUCAUUGGGGAAAAAGGACUUCUUGCAAAUAAAACUCGUUUAUGGGCGCUAAAUUCGUUGGCUUUCCUUCAAUAUUGUACACGGAUCGUUGUCAUGGAUAAGGGAGAAAUAUAUGAUAUUGGUACAUUAAGACAGUUAUCUGAACAAAAAGAAGGGCCUUUUGCUGAUUUAAUAAGGGAAUUUAUGGAGAAAAAGUUAGAAAGCCAGAGAAGCAAAAAGUCGAGCACAUUGGAAGUGACUCUUGAUGAUGAAGAAGAUUCGGAAUUAAGUGAGGUGCUUGGGCAGUUAUCUGGAUCUCCCCUCAGUGAGUCGUUGCUUGAACGUCGUAGAAUUCUCGAACAACAAUUAGCGAGUUCUGAAAAUCAACAGCCGAAGGAGAUGGUGAAGGCGGAAGAAUCUAAAGCAAAACCUUCAGAAACACGGGUGUCACAUCAAUCUUCUCAUCAAUCGAUGCAUCAACAGGGAGGUGUAUCAGAUCUUAGUGACAACGCAUAUGCUGGAGAUAGGCCAGAGUGGACAGAAGUUAUUGGUCGUUUAACAAAAGAGGAAGAAUUGGCAACUGGAAUUGUUUCUCGUCGUGUAUAUCUUGUCUAUUGUCGUUCAUUUGGAAUUUUCUUGGCAAUUAUUUAUUUUUUCUUCACAUUUUUUGGUGUCAGCACUUCCGAGGCUUUAUCUAGUGUUUGGUUAGCAAAGUGGUCAUCUGCUGCUAUCAACAAUACUGCUGAUUCAUUGAGUCAUUUGCUUAUUUAUGGAGGCUUUAAUUUAAUCUCUAGUAAUUUUAAAAUUUUGUUUUCUUCUAACUACUUUUUUUUAGUUAUCAGUUCUGCAAUUUGUAGCAUUGUAGUAGCAGUUGGUGCCUAUAAUGCAAGUACAUAUUUCCACGGAAAACUUGUUAGUUCUCUAUUUCACAGUCCAAUGGCAUUCUUUGAUCAAACCCCAAUGGGACGAAUAAUGAAUCGUUUGAGUUAUGAUAUUGCUAGAAUUGAUGAAAAUAUUCCUUGGGCUACCUCUUAUGCAAUGAGUGUUUUUGCUGAAGCAUUGAAUUCAUUAAUUGCUAUUUGUGUGGUAAUUCCUGUUCUUGUAUUUGUUGUUGUACCUUUAUUAACAAUCUUCUUGGGAAUUAUUCAUUUUUACAACGUCGCCUCGGUUCAUUUUCGCCGCUUAACAAGCAAAGCAGUUUCAUCUAACUGUUCUUUCUUCCAAGAUUCUCAUACAGGCGCCGAUUCUAUUCGUGUUUUUAAUGUUGUUGAGCGAUUCCGCGACAAAAAUGUUUAUAUUUGUGAUUUUAUGAAUGAAAGUCUUAUUACAGAAAUUUAUACUAACAGAUGGCUCCAAUCUCGGUUAGAUUUUAUAAGUGACUGUGCUAUUUUUAUUUGCGUUUUUGUCGCUAUUAUAAUGGCAGAUUAUAAAUGGAUAUCUCUUGGUGUUUUGGCUAUGGUUAUUAACAAUGGAUAUAUUUUUACUGGAUAUUUGGGACAAAUUGCUCGAGUUUGGCGUGAAUCUGAAGUUCAGAUGGUUUGCAUUGAAAGAGUUUCUGAAUAUAUUAACAAUGAAAGAGAGCCAGAAUGGAAUACAAUAGAUGAAUCUAGAAAUUGGCCACCAUCUGGUGCUGGGCAUCUUCAAUUUAAAGAUGUUUGUUUGCGUUAUAGAAACGAAUUGGAUUUGGUUUUAAAUAAUGUUAGCUUUGAUGUUCGGGCGGGAGAAAAAGUUGGAAUUGUUGGACGUACUGGAGCUGGAAAGUCUUCACUAACUUUGGCACUCUUUCGAAUUGUUGAUCCCUGCUCUGGCAAAAUUUUAAUUAAUGGAAUUGAUAUUUCUACUUUGGGUUUGCAUGACUUGCGUAGUACGUUAACUAUAAUACCUCAGGAUCCUGUUCUUUUUUGUGGUACUCUUCGUUUAAAUUUGGAUCCAUUUGAUGAUUACACAGAUGCAUCUCUUUGGGAAGCUCUAGAAAAAGCACAUCUUGCAGAAACAAUACGUGAAAUCGAGGGAGGUUUAGAUUACAAAGUUGCUGAGAGUGGAGCUAAUUUAAGUGUUGGUCAACGUCAACUUGUUUGUAUGGCAAGAGCUGUUCUCAGACAAAAAACGUGUAUUUUGGUUCUCGAUGAAGCAACAGCGGCGAUUGAUCCAGAGACAGAUUCUCGCAUUCAACUAUCUAUACGCAGUCAUUUUAAAGAAUGCACGGUGUUAACAAUUGCUCAUCGUUUAAAUACAAUUAUUGAUUAUGAUCGUGUACUUGUAAUGGAUGCUGGUAAAGUGGCUGAAUUCGAUUCGCCCAAUGCUUUAUUGAAGGAUUCUGAUUCCUUAUUCUUUAAAUUGGCAAAACAGGCGGGUAUAAGUCAAAAUGAGAGGGAAGAAAUAUAA